AUGCUCAAGAAAUUCAAUGAAACAGGGAGGAGAAUAGGACUGCGAAUAAAACGAAAGAAGACACAGUUCAUGAAGAACGUCUACUGCGAUGACGGAAGAGUACAACGUGAAAGCUUCGAGAUCGUGGAAACUCCGAUGCACGUCUACCUUGGACGCGCUGGAAACUACGGACCAACUGACAGAACAAGAUCUCCGUGCCCAGAACAAGAUCUUUUCGACUCCGCCCUUCCUCCAGCGCUCUGUAACGCAGUAGAGACGGCCGACUUACGAGCAGUGUCUCGUUUUAGCGAACCAGCGAAAUAUAUGUCGAAAGCAGAGCAAAGAUGGUCCGGUCAUAUUAUGAGAAGAGUCGUCGAUAGAUGGACUAAAAGAAAGCUAGAGUGGAUCCCAAAAGAUGCUAAACGUCCCCGAGGAAAGCCACCAACGAGAUGGGGUGAUGUGUGGUGCACGAAUGGACCAACUAAGAGCUCACCUGGAUACGGCUGA